UGCCACUAGGAACUCAUGGAUGGAUUUUGCUUUCAUCUGUUCUUAGAGCGGGCGUUCACUUUGUGUGACAGCUUCGCUGAUCUCCAGAAGCCACAGGUUGAACUUGAUGGGAAGGCUUGUGCAGCUGUCGGACAGAGUAGUCUUAUGGCCUUGUAUGAUACCUUAUUCAGCCAGUUGGAUGUUACAUCAGCUCAGCUUCUUGUGACAGAUCAUGACUUUAAGAGUAUAGACUUCAGGAUGCAACUCAAUGAGACUGUGCAAUCGUUGUUGUCUCUCACAGUUGUUCCCAUCUUUAAUGAGAAUGAUGCAGUCAGUACGGGGAAAGCUCCAUAUGAGGAUUCGUCUGGCAUAUUCUGGGAUAAUGACAGCUUGGCAGCACUGCUUGCUUUGGAGCUCAAAGCUGAUCUUCUUAUAUUACUCAGUGAUGUUGAGGGUCUUUAUAGUGGCCCGCCUAGUGAUCCGAAGUCCCGAUUAAUUCGCACAUACAUCAAGGAACGGCAUCAUGGUGAAAUCACCUUUGGAGAUAAAUCUCGUGUAGGGAGAGGUGGUAUGACUGCGAAAGUUAAUGCUGCUGUUAAUGCAGCACAGGCUGGAAUCCCUGUGGUCAUUACCAGUGGGUAUGCUCCUGAAAAUAUCCUUAAGGUUCUUCAAGGAGAGGAUAUUGGUACUUUCUUUCAUGAGGAUGCACAUUUGCGGGUACAAAGCCAAGACGUCAGUGCAAGGGAAAUGGCUGUUGCAGCCAGAGAAAGUUCACGGAACCUUCAGGUGGAAUUCUUAGCUUUGUGGUUUAGAUUGUGAUUGUUUUGCUUAAUA